AUGUCGUCCAAGCCGGAUGCUUCACGCCCUCGGGCGGCUGACACCAAGAAGGUGCACAUUGCCGAUACUCAAAUGACUCGCCAGAACUGGUACAGACACGUCAACUGGCUCAACGUCACUUUCAUCAUCGGUGUUCCCCUCGCGGGUUGUAUCCAGGCUUUCUGGGUACCUCUGCAGCUGAAGACCGCCAUCUGGGCAGUCAUCUACUACUUCUUCACUGGACUUGGAAUCACAGCUGGAUACCAUCGCCUCUGGGCCCACUGUUCUUAUUCCGCCACUUUGCCUCUGCGUAUCUGGCUCGCUCUGGUCGGCGGCGGUGCUGUCGAGGGCUCUAUCCGCUGGUGGGCUCGCGACCACCGUGCGCACCACCGUUACACCGAUACCGACAAGGACCCUUACUCCGUUCGUAAGGGUUUGCUGUACUCACACCUGGGAUGGAUGGUUAUGAAGCAGAACCCCAAGCGAAUUGGUCGCACUGACAUCACUGAUCUGAACGAAGACCCCGUUGUUGUCUGGCAGCACCGUAACUACAUCAAGGUCGUGCUCACUAUGGGCCUCAUUGUCCCCAUGUUGGUUUCUGGUCUCGGCUGGGGUGACUGGUACGGCGGAUUUGUGUACGCCGGUAUUCUGCGCAUCUUCUUCGUGCAACAGGCUACCUUCUGCGUCAACUCGCUGGCCCACUGGCUCGGCGAUCAGCCCUUCGACGACCGCAACUCUCCCCGUGAUCACAUCAUCACCGCCCUAGUCACUCUCGGUGAGGGCUACCACAACUUCCACCACGAGUUCCCCUCCGACUACCGUAACGCCAUUGAAUGGCACCAGUACGACCCCACCAAGUGGACCAUCUGGACCUGCAAGCAGCUCGGCCUCGCCUACGACUUGAAGCAGUUCCGCUCCAACGAGAUCGAGAAGGGCCGCGUCCAGCAGCUGCAGAAGAAGAUCGACCAGAAGCGCGCCAAGCUCGACUGGGGUACUCCUCUCGACCAGCUUCCCGUUAUGGAGUGGGAUGACUAUGUCGAGCAGACUAAGAACGGCCGUGGCCUGAUCUCCAUUGCCGGUGUUGUUCACGACGUGACCGAUUUCAUCAAGGACCACCCCGGUGGCAAGGCGAUGAUCAAGUCUGGCCUUGGCAAGGACGCGACGGCCAUGUUCAACGGUGGUGUUUACUACCACUCUAACGGUGCUCACAACUUGCUUUCCACCAUGCGUGUCGGAGUCAUCCGCGGCGGUGGCGAGGUUGAGAUCUGGAAGCGUGCUCAGAAGGAGAACUCCGAGUAUGUGCGUGAUGAGACAGGCCAGCGGAUUAUCCGGGCCGGUCAGCAGGUCACGAAGAUGCCCGAGCCGAUCCCCACUGCAGAUGCAGCUUAA